GCCACCCUCCUUGCUGACCCCCAUCCCCUCUCCCCUCCCCGCAGGCUGGAAUGGGUGGAGAUCAUCGAGCCCCGCACGCGGGAGCGCAUGUACGCCAACCUGCUGACGGGCGAGUGCGUGUGGGACCCGCCGGCCGGCGUGCGCAUCAAACGCACCAGCGACGAUCAGUGGUGGGAGCUCUUCGACCCCAACACCUCGCGCUUCUACUACUACAACGCGGGCAGCCAGCGCACCGUGUGGCACCGGCCCCAGGGCUGCGACAUCAUCCCCCUGGCCAAGCUGCAGACGCUGAAGCAGAACGCGGGCUCGCCCCGCGGGAGCGGCCCCGGCCGCGGCGCGGGCUCCGAGCUCGAGCGGGACGGGGAUGGGGAUGGGGAUGGCGAGGCCACGGAAAAGCUGCAGGAGCAGCGGCCCCCGAGGCAGGGGCACGGCUACGGGGGGAUCAAGGAGGAGCACGACAGUUGCGGGGUGUUGGAGAAGGACUAUGAGGUGUUCCGGGAUUACGGCUCCGAGGGGCAGCUCCUGCACUACAGGACGUCGUCUCUGCGCUGGACGGCGGGCCCCAAGGAGCGGAUGCUGAUCAAGGUGACGGAGCGCGAGCCCAGCUUCCUCCUGCACCAGGGCAACGGCUACGCCGCCGACCUGCCCGCCGCGCCGCGGCCCCGCCGGCCCUCGGGGGGCCCGCAGCAAUCCCCGGGCCUGCAGCAAUCCCCGGGCCUGCAGCAAUCCCCGGGCCUGCAGACCUUCUCCUCGGAGCCCGACGGCUCCGUCUUCUUCCCGGAGAGGAAAGCGUCGCCCUUCGCCAAGCGUGCCGAGCACGGCGGUGGCUGCUCCCCCUUGCUGGGCCGGGCUGACUCCUCGUGCUCGGUGCAGCCCCGCCGGCCGUCGGGCGAGUCGCAGCCGUCGUCGCCGCGCUACGCCUACGAACCCCCGCUCUACGAGGAGCCCCCCGUGGAGUACCAGGCGCCCAUCUACGACGAGCCCCCCGUGGACAUGCAGUACGAGGCCGGCGGCGGGGCCUACAGGGCCGCCUCGCCCCAGAGGUCGCCGGUGAGGAAGCCCCAGCCCUUCCUGCAGUCGCCCAAGCAAGGCUCCAACUCGCCCUACCAGCAGCUGGUGCUCACCAAGCAGAAGUGCCCCGAGCGCUUCGUGAGCCUGGAGUACAGCCCGGCGGGCAAGGAGUACGUCCGGCAGCUGGUGUACGUGGAGCAGGCGGGCUCCAGCCCCAAGGCGAAGACGGGCUUGAGGCACAAGUACUCGCCCAACCCUGUCGGAGGGUCCUACUCGCUGCAGCACAGCCCCUGCCUGCUGCGGGAGCAGCGGCUCGACCUCAAAUCCGCCGAUUACAGCAGCAUGGAGGGACCCGACUUCUGCCCCGCUGGCGGCGGCCAGGCGGCCCGGGCCGAGGACUCCAUGUCGUGGUCCAGCCAGCAGGACACCUUGUCCUCGGCGGGCUACUCGCCCUCCACCAGGAAGAGGAAAAGCAGGAAGGCCUCGGGGGCCCACGAGCCCGCCGACGGCUGCGGGGAGCGGGAGGCGCCGGCCGAGCGGGCCGGGGACGAACGGGGGCCCGACCGCUCGCCCGGGAACCGGACGGACAGCAAGGCGGCCGAGGCCUUCCCGGAGCCCUUCCUGGCCCAGGCGCGGCUGGCGUGGGAGGCGCAGCAGGCGCAUUACCACAUGAAGCAGCGCAGCAGUUGGGACUCCCAAAAGGACGGGUCGGGCUACGAGAGCGACGGCGCCCUCCCCCUGCCCAUGCCGGGCCCCGUGGUCAGGGCCUUCAGCGAGGACGAGGCGCUGGCGCAGCAGGAGAACAAGCACUGGAAGAGGAACACCUUCGAGAAGCUGGGCUUCCCCCAGAUCCUGCUGGAGAAGAGCGUGUCCGUCCAGACCAACCUGGCCUCUCCCGAGCCCUACCUGCACCCGUCCCAGUCCGAGGACCUGGGCGCGUGCGCGCAGUUCGAGAGCGGCCGCCAGAGCCGGAACAUGAUGCCCAGCGCCAGCUGCGUCUUCCCCACCUUCAACCUGCGCAAGCCCUCCUCGGAGACGGACAUCGAGAACUGGGCCUCCAAGCACUUCAACAAGCACACCCAGGGGCUCUUCCGCCGCAAGGUCUCCAUCGCCAACAUGCUGGCCUGGAGCAGCGAGUCCAUCAAGAAGCCCAUGAUCAUGACCAACGACCGCAACGUCAAGAAGGAGGCGUGCGAGAUCUUCAAGCUCAUCCAGAUGUACAUGGGCGACCGGCGGGCCAAGACGGACCAGCUCAACGUGGCCUUGGAGAUCGCCACCAAGGGCUGGAGCGUGCAGGGCCUGCGAGAUGAGCUCUACAUCCAGCUGUGCCGCCAGACCACCGAGAACUUCCGAUACGAGAGCCUGGCCCGGGGCUGGGAGCUCAUGGCCAUCUGUUUGGCCUUUUUCCCGCCCACCCCCAAAUUCCACUCCUACCUAGAGGGAUACAUUUACCGGCACAUGGAUCCGGUCAAUGACACCAAAGUGACGCGGCACAUCCGCCACCUCCUGGAAACCGCCAAUCAGAAGAAACCCAAAUUGCGAAAGAAACCCAAGCCUCAAAUCGAGGAGCACCAUGGUAGGGACACCCCCCACACCCCCCAAAAACAAUCUGAAAGACCCCAAAUCCGGGAAUCCUGGGAAUUCCUGGCACAACCCGCCAGUCCCUGUGGAAAUCGGGAUCCCCGGAGCAAUCUGGGAUCCUCUGGGUCAGUGUGGGGUCAUCUGAAAAUCUGGGAUCAUCUGAAAAUCUGGGAUCCCCUGGAUCAGUGUGGGAUCCCCCGGAGCAAU